UGUUGUAAACUACAGGGCAAGUACCUGUUUACCAUUACCAUGAUCACGAUUAAUAUCAAUAAUUGUUAAAAUACUGAAGCACAUCAUGAUAAUACUGAUGUGUAUUUGUAAAUGAUGUCAAUCAGCAUGAUCAACACUGAUAUGUAAAUGUUGCUACUUUAAAAUUAUACAAACAAUCCUUUAUUUUUAUAUAGAAGAGCUGAUCGACAGCCAGAGAAUCAAAACAACAGAAUAUGUUCAUGUCAUUUCAAGGAGGGAAGAAAGGAAGAAGACUCUGUCUACUUUCCUUGGAAUGAUAAAAAGUACAUUGACUAUCCAGACCCGGAAAAGUCAGAAAGAUGAGAGGGAAUUGAGGAAACAUGUUGGUCUCCAUCCUGAGAAGUUGAUAAAACAAGUCAGCCCUUAUCCUGUGAGAGAGAGCAGACACAAGAUGCUGUUGAUUGUGAUGACGUAGAACAUGUUAAUAUAGAACACAAUUAUACAGUAUCUUGCUCUCGAAACUGUUCCAAAGAAAUGCAACGGCUCUCUUCAGAGAUUUAAAAAAUUGGAAAAAAGAUGUACCUGCUAUGAAGGUCAACAGUGAUAAAGGAAGUCUAUGACUGUAGCUGAAAUUAAGGACAGUGAAGAAAAGAUGCUGCUGUAUACUUCAAUACAAUAUGAUGCCUUUGAAGUGCUUGUGCAACUACUUGGUCGCUUAAAAUUAAAUUACUUCCUUUGUUGGACACCAUCCCUUAAACUUGAAGAUCAACUUCUGAUUGUUUUCAUGAAGCUAAAGCUAAACCUUAGAGACACUGACUUGGCUCACAGGUUUUGUGUAAGCAGACCAACCAUUUCCAACAUUUUCCACUCACUAGUUCAUGCCCUCCAUGAAAUGUUGUACAAGCGGGUUGUUGACACAUGUUUUCCAAAUCAACUAAAAUGUAAAGGCUCCAUGCCUUAGGCAUUUGCAGAAUUUUCUUCUACAAGGCCUUCUAUGGAUACCAUUGAGACAACUCAAGAUAUCCCUGGACACCUUGAUACACAAGCUAUGGCAUACAGUUCAUAUAAGAGCCGUCACACCAUCAAAGUAGUGACUUGUGUAGUACCAAAUGGUGCAAUUACUUAUUGUUCUCCUUUUUAUCCAGGAUCAACAUCUGAUGUUGCAACUGUGCGUCACAGCAAAAUUCUUGAGAAAUUUAAGCCUGGAGACCUGAUUUUAGCUGACAAGGGGUUUACAAUCCAUGAUCAGCUACCACAAGGUGUGUGCUUAAACAUUCCAGCAUUUUUAUCUUCAAGAAGGCAGUUUACGAGGAAGGAAGUAGAACUGUAUUAUAAAAUAGCCAGAGCACAGAGCAAGAAUUCACGUGGAGAGAGCUAAUGAGAGAAUAAAAAAAAAACUUUGAAAUACUUCGCCACAUACCAGCAGCCUAAAGGCCAUUAUCGACAAAGAUAUUUCAACUUUGUUCUGCAUUGGUCAAUUUGCAAGCUCCUCUUUUGAAAGGAAUUUCAUGAUGCACUGUAUAUUUAUAAUGUAUUAUUAAUAUAAUUUUGAUUCAACUUCAAUAUUG